AUGGGAAAAGUUAGCUUAAGAUCGCUGCUUGUGGCAGCCAUCUUUUUAAGUAAUUGCAUAUCAUGGACGAUAGCGAAGCAUCAUUAUUCACACAAUGUACACAGUCAUCGCACGCGGCAUAGGCGGCAAGGCGCAGGUCUCUUUCUGUCAGCUUCUUACGUGAUCCCCGGAGGCGAAGGCGCCGGUGCUUGGAGUGAUUGGGGAGACGUCUCACCGUGCUCCAGAACAUGUGGUGGCGGUGUGGCCAGCCAGAAGAGAAUAUGUUUAGAAGUUGGACCAGAUGGCCGACCACGAUGUUCUGGAGGGGACACGAAAUAUUUUUCGUGUCAGACUCAGGACUGUCCGGAAGGUUCAGACGACUUCCGGUCUGAGCAAUGCGCGGAAUUCGAUAAGGAACGGUUUAAGGGAACGCAGUACAAUUGGGUCCCAUAUACAAAGGCACCGAAUCCUUGCGAGCUGAACUGUAUGCCGCGAGGAGAGCGUUUCUACUACCGCCAUAAAUUGAAGGUAGUUGAUGGAACACGCUGUAAUGAGGAGUCUUUCGACGUGUGCGUUGAUGGUGCCUGUCAGCCAGUCGGCUGUGACAUGAUGUUGGGCUCCAAUGCAAAAGAGGACAAGUGUAGAAAUUGCCGUGGGAACGGUACCAACUGUUACACGUCCAGUGGUAUCAUUGACACGCAGGAACUCCGUAAAGGAUACAACGAUGUUUUAUUUAUACCUCAAGGUGCAACAAACAUCAUCAUUUCUGAAGUCAGGUCUUCCAAUAACUAUUUGGCUCUUCGAUCGCAGCAAGACAAUGUCUACUAUCUAAACGGAGACUACCACAUAGACUUUCCUCGAAGCUUGCCCAUCGCUGGUUCGUUAUGGUACUACGAGAGAAGUCAGCAGGGAUUCGCAUCGCCAGACAAAUUGCGCUCCUUGGGACCGACCACUGAACCACUAUAUUUAUCUCUUCUUCUUCUUGAAGAUAACGUGGGCGUGGAAUAUGAGUACAGCCUACCAUCAUCACAGGCGCCACCUCCUAACCAGCAGUACAACUGGGUUCAUGGAGGGUUCUCCCCUUGCAGUGCUACUUGCGGUGGAGGCAUUCAGACACGCGAGGUGACUUGCCGCUCUCGUGAAGAGCUCGAUAUAGUAGACGAUAGUCUGUGUGACAGCGGACUCAAACCGCCAACUAACGAAACUUGCAACGACGUUCCCUGUCCUCCAAACUGGGUUGAAGGUCCUUGGAGUCCAUGCUCCAAACCAUGUGGUGAAGGUGGUACUAGAUCACGACAAGUGCAUUGUGAGAAAGUGAUCACUCAGGGUAUUGCAUCAAUCGCCGCUGACAAGGAAUGCUUUGAUAUUCUGGGACCAAAGCCUGAACUCUAUCAAGAGUGUAACCAAAACGCGACGUGCCCCACGUGGUUUACGGGCCCUUGGAGACCGUGUGAUAAGCUAUGCGGUGAAGGCAAGCAGAUACGGCAAGUGGUAUGUCAUCAAAAGAUAAACGGUCGAGUGGAAGUAUACGAUGAUGGGAAGUGUGCUGAUGAAAAGCCGCCAACAGAACAGCCCUGCAUUCUGCAUCCUUGUGACGGAGUCGACUGGGUUCUUAGCGAAUGGACUGGGUGUGACACUUGCACAUCUAAAGUACGAGCUCGAGUAGCCCAAUGUGCAACAAAAGACUAUCAAGUGGUAGAUUCCAGUCUGUGUAGCUACCAUCCAGCACCGGUGCUAGAAGAACCAUGCGAUCCAAACAAACUACCUGCUUGCGAGGUCUUGUGGUAUGCGACACAGUGGAGUAACUGUUCCGUUGAAUGCGGAAAGGGUAAACAGACCAGGCGAGUGUUUUGCGGUCGCUUUGAUGGAGCUGGUGUAACAGUUGUCGACGACGAAAGGUGUAACAACCUGGUCAAGUACAAUGAUACGAAGGAGUGUGAAAUUCCUAAAGAGAAGUGCCCAGCGAAGUGGUUCGCUGGACCAUGGACAGAGUGUACGAAGGAAUGCGGUGGAGGAGAACAGUUCCGACGAGUGAAAUGCCUAAGUGGUGGAAAGAUAUCGCUGGACUGCGAUGAAGAGUCCGUACUUGAUGCUACACAGGCUUGUAACGUAGGACCUUGUGAUAAAGAUGAACUACUUCCAACUAACGCGAAAUCAACACCGGUUAUGGAUGAUGACUCAGAUUAUGAAGAUUGCGAAGAAGACGAUUAUCCAGAAGAAGGAGCUGAAGAAGGAACCGACAAAGACGUUCCUGAAGAUGUUUCCGCUGAAAUGAUAUCAAACAAAUUUACUCUGAUACAAGACAGUGACUUCAUUUAUGAACCCACUACAUCAAGCGGAACAUUUGAUUCGGAUUCAACGGAAACAGGAUCUGGAGAAAGUAUAUUUACUGAAGAAUCUGGUUCAGGCAGCUCAGAAUUCUCAACCACGUUGGAGAAUGAGAGUACUACAGAUUUUAGCGGCAGUACUGAUACUACGGAUACCGAAAUUACUGGAAGCACAGAAAGUUCAAGUGUAUCGGAAAGUUUAGAAACGAAAGAAACUGUAAGCACAGAAAGCGUGGGAACAGAUUCGACUACAGAAGCGAACUCAACUGAGUCUUCGACGAUCGUAUCGACAGAGUUCACAUCUGAAAUAAGCUCGACUGUGAGUAGUGAAAUAGACACUACACUGAAAAUAGAAACAACAGAAAGUGGUGCGACAGAAUCCACAAAUCUUUCAGAAACUACUGAAGCGGCUACGACAGAUUCCACAAUUGAUACUGAAGGUAGUGGAACGGAAUCAACAUUUUCGACAGAAUCUACAGAAAGUAGUGGAACAGAAUCAACAAUUUCAACCGAAACCUCUGAGACUAGUAGCACAGAUUCUACACUUGAAACAGAAACUACUGAAAGGGGUACAACUGAAUCAACGCUUGAAACAGACACAACAGAAAGCGAUGCUACAGAAUCAACGUCCGAAGGGACAACUGAAAGCGGUGGAACGGAAUCUACAAUUUCAUCAGAGUCGGUUUCAACAGAUUCUACAGAAACCACUGAAAGCAGUGCAACUGAACCGACAAUUUCAACGGAAACAACUGAAAGCAGUGCAACUGAAUCGUCAAUUUCAACGGAACCAACAGAAACAACAGCGUACGUUACAACUGAAAGUGAAGGAACAGAAUCAACAACAGAGGCUGGCACUACUGAGUCGGUUUCUGACGGAAGCACAGAAUCAAGUGUUUCAACUGAAUCGACCAUGUCUGAAAGUACUGAAACGGGAUCAAGUACUGAAACUGAUGUAACUGAAACCGCGACAACGGAAUUUUCAAGUUCAUCUGAAACAAGUGAAAGUGUAACAACAGAGACAGGUUUGUACAGCACUGAGAGUACUAGUGAGUACAGUUCAACGAGUAGUUUUGACGAUACGACUCCGUCUUCGGGAGAUACAACUUUAUGGGACUGGAGUUCUACUGUUGAAUUGUACACGGAGAAACCAAAAUGCAAAGCAAGGAAACGCAAGUCAAAGUGUGUUAAAAGCAAGUUCGGAUGCUGCCCUGAUAGGAAAACUCCUGCUGCUGGUCCAUUUGAUGAAGGGUGUCCGAACCCAACGACGUGCAAAGAGGCCAAAUUCGGCUGCUGUUUAGACGGCGUGUCUCCAGCUGAAGGGCCUCAUGAUAAGGGCUGCCCAGUACCACCGUGCAACGAAACCUUAUUUGGAUGUUGUAAAUCAGAUAACAAAACAGCAGCUUUAGGAAAUGACCAAGAAGAAUGUCCACCUCCUCCGCCAGCCUGCAAAUCCUCGCCAUUCGGCUGUUGUAAAGAUAAUAAGACGCAAGCCAAGGGGAAAAAUAAAAAAGGAUGUCCGGAAACUGAAAUCAAAGCCACGACAAUUCCUUCAGUUGAAACGUGCGAUAAUACGGAAUUCGGAUGCUGUUUUGAUAACGAAACGGACGCAACCGGACCAAAUGGAGAAGGAUGUCCUUGCAGUAUUAGUGAAUUCGGUUGUUGUCCUGAUGGCAUUUCUACAGCUCAAGGACCAGACCUAGAAGGAUGCGUCAUGUCUUGUAACACAUCAGCCUAUGGUUGUUGUUCUGACGGCGAAACACCUGCACAUGGGCCCGAGUAUGAAGGCUGUUGCUUGCAAUACGCCUACGGAUGCUGUCCGGACAAUUACAAACCUGCUGAAGGACCCCAUCUGGAAGGUUGUGGCUGUAAGUUUGCCCACUUCGGUUGUUGUCCAGAUAAUGUUACAAUCGCUAGAGGUGCUAAUAAUGAAGGAUGUGGCUGUCAAUAUAGCGAACAUGGCUGCUGCCCCGAUAGGCAUACCCCAGCUAACGGCCCAGAAUUCGAGGGUUGCGGUUGCCACACCUAUCAAUUCGGUUGCUGUCUUGAUGGUAUUACGGCAGCCACUGGUCCAAACUUGCAAGGGUGUCUGUGCCACCAAACUAAAUUCGGUUGCUGUGGAGACGGUGUGACAGAGGCCAAGGGUCCAAAUAAAGGAGGGUGCGAUUGUUCCAAUAGUAAACAUGGCUGUUGCCCCGAUGGAGUAACUGAAGCUGCGGGCGAGAAAUUCUUGAAUUGUACCGAUGCUCCUGUGAACAGACAAGCUGCGUGUGCUUUGGCUAAUGACAGAGGUGUGGGUGGCAACUACUCAGUGUACUGGUUCUAUGAUAUGACAUAUGGAGGCUGUUCUCGGUUUUGGUACGGAGGUGAAGAAGGAAAUGACAACCGGUUCGUCAAUAAAGAAGAGUGCGAGGACAUCUGCGUGCAUCCAUCACCAAAGGAUGCUUGUAACUUGCCUAAAGUAAAAGGCGCGUGCACCGGAUAUCACGUUAGAUGGUAUUACGAUUCAGUGCGCGAACAGUGUGCGCAGUUUGUGUAUGGAGGUUGUCUAGGAAAUACCAACAACUAUGAGUCGCGAGAGCUUUGUCAAAAGAGCUGUGAGCCAGAGAAAACUGACGAUCAAUGUAACCUUCCUAUCGAGCGCGGUUCAUGCGCCGGUAACUUCCUCCGUUGGGGCUACGAGCCAUCUACAAGACACUGCACUCAGUUCAUCUGGGGAGGAUGUGAGGGCAACCCCAACCGGUUUAGUACAGAAGCCGCGUGCAUGCAGCGCUGCAACCCACCGGGAGCUCUCCAAGUCCAAGAAGUUUGCACGCUACCAGCACUAACUGGCGAAUGCGGAGAUUAUACUCAGCGUUGGUUCUAUGACACAGCGAAGAGAAGGUGUCGCAUGUUCUACUAUGGCGGUUGUGGUGGUAAUGAAAACAACUUUAUCAGCGAAAGAGAAUGUGAGGACAGAUGCACCGAGCAAGUUACCACGGUUACUGUACAACCGAUGACCACACAACAGCAAGCAUCUGAAUUCUGCUUCCUGGAGAUGGACAGUGGGCCGUGCACCCAGAACGAAGCUCGUUGGGGAUACGACUCGCAAAGAGGAACCUGUGUACAGUUCCAGUAUGGAGGCUGUGGUGGUAACAGGAACAACUUCCCCACUCUGGAGUUCUGUCAACAUUACUGUGCGCCAGUGCAAGAUGUUUGUCAGUUACCAAUGAUAUCUGGACCUUGCGAGGGAUCCGAAAUGCAAUGGUUUUAUGAUGCUGCAACGGACGCCUGCAUGCAAUUUACCUACAGCGGUUGCGGAGGAAAUGAGAAUCGGUUCAGAAGCCGUGAUGAAUGUGAACAUCGCUGCAAAGCAGCUCCUGGUGCAGUUACUACAACUACGGUCAUUCCGGAAGUCGUUCCACCAGUGUGUAGGAUAUCACCAACUUUGGAGGAGUGUCAAGGGUCCGGACAAGUCUGGUACUUUGAUACUAACCAGCGCGCCUGCGUUUCCCACGAAAACGCUGAAUCUGGACGCUCUUGUAGACUCACAGGUGUUUUUGACACACAAGAAGAGUGUGAAAGGUUCUGUGGUGCUUUUAGAAAUAUUGAUGUCUGCCGCGCCGCCUUGGAUCCAGGGCCAUGCCAUGAGUCUGUGCAGAAAGUCUUCUACAACUCUUCUGCUGACAAAUGUGAACCUUUCAUAUACAGCGGUUGCCUCGGAGGACCAAAUAGAUUUUCUAAUGUUGAAGAAUGUGAAUCCAUAUGUAGACCACUCGCAAAUCCUUGCAAGCUACAACCGGAUCCAGGCAAUUGUUUAGGUGAAUUUAUCAAGUGGUAUUACGAUGAAGCAAGGGAUCAGUGCGGAGAAUUUAUAUACGGAGGCUGUAAUGGAAACGAUAAUAGGUUCGAAUCUCAAGCUGAAUGUGACAAACGCUGUCGCCCUGACGCGCCUCCUUCUGCACCAUCGACCAAUGUGUUUGCAAUGGAAGAAUGCCGAACACCAGCAUCCGUUCAGCCAUGUGGGGCGAACGUAACGACUUAUUACUACGAUUCGAAUACGGAGGCGUGCAUAGUGGGUGACUUUGGCGCUUGCGGGUAUCCCAACAGCUAUCGCUCUGAGGAGGAGUGCGAGAGACGGUGUGGAGCAUUUAGAGGAAUCGAUGUGUGCAAUACUCGCGUGGAUCCUGGACCGUGUGUCUACUCGAUAGAAAAGUUCUACUGGGACGCCAUUACGGAACAGUGCCUGUCAUUCAACUAUGGAGGCUGCGACGGAAGCCCCAACCGCUUCUCGAGUAUUGAGGAAUGCGAAGAAACUUGCAGCAAUAACACUCUUGACGUAGCGUGCGCGCAGGCUGUGUCGAUUGGCGAGCCGUGUGGGGCUGGUGCAACUAGACGCUGGUUCUAUAGCGAAGCUGCCGGGGACUGUCUGGCCUUCGUGUACCUGGGCUGUGGGGGCACCGAAAACAACUUCAACUCCUUCCAGGAGUGUAGCGAGCGCUGCCUCCGACUGCCUCUUGUUGCACCUCAACCAGACUGCAGCAGAUACUUGGAGGAGUGUCAGAGUCUCCGCUGUUCUAGUGGUGUGCAGCGGACAUCCACAGCAGAUGGUUGCGAGCGCUGCUCUUGCGUCGAUUUACCAGACUGCGAGCCUCUAAGACAAGAAUGCGACAGGAUCAGUUGUCCCUAUGGCGUCCAAAAGAUUGUCCAAGCUAAUGGAUGUACACAAUGCAGUUGCCUAGAGCACCCAUGCGCCAACAAAGAGUGUCCACCUGGUGAACGUUGCACCAUCGUCAGCUCCUACAGGAAUCCAGUUACGCAGGAAAUUCAAUACGUUGCUGACUGCAAACUUGCUAACAAGACCGGAUCCUGUCCUGCUGAAGAGCCCUCACUAACAACAGAGAGUCAAUGCCGUCGAGAAUGUAACGAUGACGCGGACUGUCCAGCGGAUGGCAAAUGUUGCCUCCGUGGUUGUAGCAACCUGUGUCUAGAGCCUGUCGGUCUAUCACUCGCCACCACUACACAUACACCUGAAUUACCACCUUCCGCACCUCAAGUAGAUAGAGACACAGAACCGGAAGUGCGUGCAACUGAAGGUGGAAAGGCGACACUACGCUGCUUAUUCCACGGGAACCCACCACCCAAAAUCACGUGGAGGCGAGGGGAAAUUACGAUAACUGGGGACAUCGAUCGAUACCGUCUGCUGUCUGAUGGGGCCCUCGAGAUAGUAUCUCUUUACAGAAACGAUUCAGGCGUCUACAUCUGCAUAGGUCAGAACAGCCUCGGUACAGCUGUGCAAGAGAUUAACUUGCAGGUCGAUGACAGCAACGAAAUAAUACCACCAUCACCAGACUGUUCUGGUCUGCUAGAAGAAUGCGAAGUUUUACGUGCAAGAUGCCCAUACGGUGUUCAGAGAAUACACGUCGCUCGUGACUGUGUGAGGUGCGCGUGCGUCCAAAUGGAGGCUAACUGCGAACCAUUUGAGCGAGAGUGCGAGACGAUCUUGUGUAAAUACGGCAUACGUCGAAACGUUGAUGGCAAUGGCUGCACACAAUGUCAGUGCAAUGGUCCUCCCUGCGAAACAAAAGCGUGUUCGCCUGGAGAACGGUGUAAAAAUACGCCCUACAAGGAUGCUCUAUCACGAGAGAUUAAGUACUUUGCAGACUGCAAACCAACUAACAAGACAGGUUUCUGUCCACCAGAGGAUCCCAGGGUUUCAGCAGGCCAAUGUCGCAGCGAAUGUGAAGAUGAUGCGGAUUGUCUGGGUGUAGGCAAGUGCUGCGUAAGCGGCUGUAGCCGGAUGUGCCUUGAGCCUGCGCCGGUGACUAGUCCUGCACCUUUGACGAGCUUAUAUGUUCCUGGAGAGCCUAGACCGCCUCAAGUAGACACGGAGACAGAACCACAAGUACGGGCAUCCGAAGGUGGUAUGGCAACGCUGCGUUGUCUGUUCCACGGCAAUCCACCCCCCAAAAUCAUUUGGAGACGAGGAGAAAUCACGAUCGAUGGUGACGUUGGGCGAUACCGUCUCCUGUCCGACGGGGCUCUUCAAAUUGUAUCACUCUACCGGAACGAUUCUGGUGUCUACAUCUGCAUUGCUGAGAAUAACCUGGGCACAGCCAGACAAGAAGUUAACCUAGAAGUUGACGAUCCCGUGGACACCCCAGCCGGAAUUGGUAAUGUCCCCAAUGAGAUCGUCCUCGGAGAAGUGGGACGGUCCCUCAACAUACGCUGCCUGGCAUUUGGAUAUCCCCAGCCGGCCAUCUACUGGUACAAGGGCAGAAAUGGCCCCAUGAUCCCGUACACCAGCACCCUGUACGAAGCGAGGGGGAAUGUGCUUCAAAUUCGCCAACUCAACGUUGAGACACUAGGAGAUUAUAUUUGCCAAGCCUACAACGGGAUCGGUAAACCGGCCGAAUGGGCGUUUACUAUACGAGAAAUGAGACCCGAUGAGGCCGGGAACUAUGUGAAUCCCCAGGCACCAGUAGUGCAGACCUCUACCGACCCCCAAACUGAGGCCACAACGCCCCCAGAACCCAUAUUACCUGACAUACGACCCCCGGUUUAUACUGUGCCCGUAACCACGCGAAUCCUGGCGGAAUCCGCGACGGUUUCUGCUGGAACUGUGAUCAGUGUGCCCUGCGAGGUAGACGGAUACCCGGUUCCAGAAGUGCGGUGGACUAAGGACGGUGUGGUGUUAGGAGCGAGCGAUAGGAUACAAAUUACCGAGGCACGUCUGACGAUAUCUCGGGCGACUUCCAACGACACUGGUGUGUAUGGAUGUGAAGCGAGCAAUGGAUACAGCUCCCACUCCUCAACGGUCACCAUUGUAGUUCAAGGCUUGUAUAUCCCACCGACAUGCAAGGACAACCCAUACUUUGCAAACUGUCACCUGAUUGUACAGAGCAACUAUUGUCACCACAAAUAUUAUUCAAAAUUCUGCUGUAAAUCGUGCGUGGAGUCGGGUCAGCUGGAUCCCGCUGACUUAGAUCUGAUGCAAGCAGAUGAAUCUUUCCAGAAGAAGUAA